AUCUCAUUCUGUCAUUUUAGCCACAAAGACCAUGGUCUUCUCAUUGUGUUUUGCUCUCUCCCCUUUUGGCAGGUUUCAAUCUUUGCAGGUCAAGUGUUAUUAGUGCAUGCUUGCUUUAACUUUCAAUUAUGUUUAUACGACUGCAGUUAAUCUCCCUUGCUGUGAGAUUUCUUCAUUAAGGUCAGGUUGACUUUUUUUUGGUCCUCGUUGCUCGUUCUCUCUUUCGUGGAAGAUGAGCAGAAUAUAUGAGGUCACUUCGUACGAAUUCCUCAACACUAUUAAACAACCGCCCAAAAACAAUGAAAUGUAAAAUGUAACUCAAAGGGAAAAAAUACGUGGCUGGGGGCGUGGCCUAGUGGUACCGGUCCAAUAAACCAACGUAACUAUUUCUUCUUUUUAACAUCAACUUUGGGGGGAUAUUCACUUGUUUCAGGAUCGCCAAAAAAAUACUACCGUGGCUGUCAACACAUCCGGGAGCCGAGUUCCGGCCUUCAAAAUAAAACAAAGGUCUCCGAGUAUCAACCGUAUGGAUCGCACGUAGACGUGCACCCGUUUAUGUAUAUUCGUUACAUUGACCUGUAGAUCCAUCGACGUGUGUGAUGCAGCGUUACUUUAGUGUCGCUCCCGAUCGCCGAAGAAAAAUGACAUCGACCGGAAAAUGCGUCACAGCGCGAGCGUCCGGUUUAGGCCAAUGAAAGCGAGGCCGAACGACAAAAAAGGAUGAUCCGGAGGAGAGAAGGGUGCGAGAUGCAGGUGAGAGAAGAUGCGGAGGGGACUGCCCGUCACCUCGUAGGCCUCAUCGAGCAGCAGAUGGACGGCUGCGUGGACGAGCGGGACACGGCGCGCGGGCACGAUGCCGAGAACGAAGCCGAGAGCAUGCAGGUGCGAGAGGAAAAGUCCGGCGCCACCGGCCAAAAGCACCUGGACACUUGCCCCGUUUGCCGGCUGAACUUCCACAGUCGGGAACCCAAACUUCUGCCCUGCCUGCAUUCUUUCUGCAAGAAAUGUCUGCCCGCGCCCUGGAGGAAUUUGGCCGCGGCAGAGCCGCUAAACUCCCCCAGACCACUGAACGUGAUGCGCUGUCCGGUGUGCAGGCAGGAGUGCAUGGAGGUAGAUGUGAUGGAAAACGUCUUUGUGAAGGACUCCGUUGAGGCUCCCAGCAGCACAGUGGAGAGGGCAGUCCAGCUCUGUAUGACCUGCGACGACAACACCGAAGCGGUGGGGUUUUGCGUGGACUGUGUGGAGUACCUGUGUUCCACGUGUGUGGAGGCCCACCACAGAGUCAAAUUUACCAAAGACCACACCAUCAGACAGAAGGCAGAAAUCAUGCACGAGGUCCACGGGGCGUCGCCUCAGAGGCAGAUGUUCUGCAACAUCCACAAACAAGAGCCGCUGAAGCUGUUCUGUGAGACCUGUGACCUGCUGACCUGCCGUGACUGCCAACUGGUGAAGCACAAAGACCACAAUUACCAGUUCCUUGAAGAUGCUUAUAAAAGCCACAAGCAGCACAUGGAGAACAUGACCCAUCAGCUGCAGGAGAAAAAGAAACACAUUGAAGAGAUCUCAAACUCCAUAAACAAAGGACUCCUUCAGGUUGAUCAGAACCGCACGUCAGUCCAUGAUGAAUUAAAGAAAUCCAUCUGCAGUUUGAUUCUGGAGAUAAACAAGAAGGGCAAGAUGCUAGCUAAUCAACUUGAGGCUGUAACAAAGGACCACGAGAGUGUCCUCCGAAAACAACAGGAGGACAUCGGCUAUCUGUCCAGGCACCUGGACCACGUCAUCCACUUCACCAAAUGGGCCACAGCCAGGAGCGGGGGAACGGCCCUCCUGUACUCUAAACGCCUGAUUCUGUUUCAGAUUGGAAACCUCCUGCGGGCGAAAUGUAGUUCCUCGUUUAUACCACAGAGCACUGUGCGCUUCCACAGUCGAGCCUCUUACUGGGCGUCAAACGUCGAUCUGGGCUCUUUAGUGGCGGAGAGUGUGCCAGGCAAUCAGCCGGGUGGUUUUCAGGGCAUCCCACAUCAGCUCUCCCACCCUGGCCCCCCCUCAGGUUCGGCCCACAGCUUUGCCCUGGGAGCCCCCCACGACACUCUGACUCAGCUCCAGAUGCAGGUGGACAAGCUCACCCCGCAGGGCGACUGGCAGCCCCGACCGCCUCCUCCGCCCCGGUCGUGGUACCAGAGUGUCCGGCUGCAGCCGACCGUCCCGGGGCCCCCGCGAGGAGGCGGCUCUCCCUCCCUCCAGCCAGCUCGCAGGCUUACGGGGCCCCCUCCCAACCGAGUCAGCCCAACGAGCAGCCUAGCGAGCCCUGAGUUCACGCCACAGCCUCUGAGGGGGAUGGGCGGCGGCUCCAUCUACCAACCCAAAGCCAUGGAUGUGUUCUCCCCUUCACCUCCGUACGCCCACGGCGGCAGCUCGCCGCAGUCACGACAGACGAUGGAGCCUACGUACGUGAGGAAUGACCCACGUGGUCCGGUCUAUGUGCUGAAACCAAACUAUCCCCACAACCCGCCACCGGCUUUGCACCACAGAAGCGUGCAAGGAGAGCAGAAUUCACCAGGGUACGCUGCCGCGUCCCAGGAGGAGAAACCGGGGACUGUUACCUGGAAACCUCCAGAAACACAGCAGGCUGGGGGAGCGGUGGGCUCGGCUGUCAAGAAAAGACGGAGAUCGUCCCCAGUGCCCAUCAUCGUAAUAAAAGAUGAGCCAGAUGAGGACAGCAGCUACGUUCAAAGCAAACAAAGAUCCAGCCUCCCCGACAGCACGGGGGACCAACCCCCUAUCAGCGCCCGCGGAGAGGAGAACAAAGGCCCAACUCCUCUCCGGAGCACCGGCGCCGAACCCCACAGCCGCCCUCCGCCUCCCAGCAGCCCGCGGGACCAGAGGGGAGGAGCCCGGCCCCCCGCUCCGCUGGACGACCCCACUGGAGGCUGGUGUGCUGCGUGUCACACUGGGGGGCAGCUGCUAUGCUGCCAUAAGUGUGCCAGGCUUUUUCACCUUUGGUGCCAUGUUCCAACUCUCCUCAAAUAUCCCAGUGGCGAAUGGCUUUGCUCUCUGUGCCGCGACCCGUUAGCGCCCGAGAUGGAGUACGACUGCCAGGACGAAGCUGGAACUGAAAAGAAGGAGGCAGGAUUUUCCCCCGUGGACAAACGAAAGUGUGAGAAGUUGCUGCUGCGCUUGUUUUGCAGCAAACUAAGCUCCGCCUCCCCGGGGCCCGGGGCCCCCUGGGUAUGUGCUAAUAACUGGCCGGCCAUCAAGGGAACAACGAACCUCUCGGCUGUGAAAGAACGACUGGAGGCCAAUCAGACUCCGUGCUACCGAAGCCCUGCACACUUUGUAUCAGACAUCAGGCUCCGCUUAGGGAACGGCUCAGCGCUCAGUGAGGUCGACACGCAGGUCACCGCGGCAGGCAGGAGGCUUAAGGAGCUGUUUGAAGAGCAACUCGGGAUCGUCUUCCCCGAGCAGACCUUUCCAGAAACCAAACUUGAGAGGAUACCUGCUGGCCCUCCUGACUCCCAGCUCUUGUCUCUUGACAAUAUAAUCCAGCGUGCAAAGCGCCAGCGCACAUGCUCAGACUCCCAGGACGCGCCGAGCCGUCCCAGUGGAGCGGAGGGAACAAAUCUUCUCAAUCGUUCGGAUAUUUGACACUUCCAGCAGCAGCUAAUAUGUGGUGUGUCACACAAAAAUGAAUUCUACAUGAUCAUCAGGUCACCCACAAUGUGUUGUAUGUUUACCGAUGAAAUAGCGAGCAAAGAAGUGAGAUACAACAGAUAAAGCUGACCAGUGUGUUUUAGAUCAACUUGCUCUCACCAAAUGACAGCUGUCAUGACGCAGUAAAUGAUCCAAUCAUUCGUCGGCUGAUCGAUGGCGUGUCCAGGUCUAGUGUGUUGUUCCUGCUCUCAGUGUGUAAAUAUUAAAGUGACGGGGAAGGACGUGAAUCUUUGUAGAGUCAAAUGCAUUGCGGGGCCCCUGGAGGCCAGUAAAGUGAAAACAUGAAAGGAAUCGAAGCCGUGUGAGAUGUUACAUUGUCCCACGUCAUUAAACACUUCCUGCUUGGUUGGCUUUCAGGUUAAUGUUACGGGUUAUUGUACGUCCAUUUACAAUGAAUCUAUUGUCUUCAGAUGCUAUGUGAGACUGUUUCAACUUUUACUGAGAUCAUUUCAGUAAUACACGAUCUGCUUUCCUAUAAUAACCCAGAGCCAGAACAUUUAGCCAUACAGGUGAACUCGCAGGUGUUUACAGUGUGAAAUAAAACACGAUUCUUGGUAAAUAUGAAUGUUGUUACCUACUUGAAAUGAAUCUUUCUGACAUUACAACUUAAGACAUUGCUGUUUUUGUUAAGACACUUUCUCCUUUAACAAGCGAACAGCAAACAAGUCUUCUGGGCCCCUCUGGUCCCCACGGGGCCCCCGAGUGCCGGGCUGUGUCAGUGGCCCUCUGCUGAUUGACACAGACGUGGCAGGACGCCCUUUGUUCGGCUUCAAAGGAACUGUACUCUGCCCGCCCACAGCGGGAUUAACACCCUGAAUGCGGCCCCGGCCCCUCCAAUGGCCUCCACCUAUGAGCUGGGGGGGGGUCAGCGCCCGCUGCUGUUUCUUGUUAAGGCCGGAGGUGUAGAGGAGGACUGCUGUGCUUUAGGCCGCCACUGAUCUGCCUCUCAUUUUGGGGGCAUUGGUCUUUUGUUAUGUGGCCUCUGAAGGCCAAUUAUCUAUUGUCUACGUCACGCUGAAGUAGAGAUAAGAUAAAGGGCCUCGGUAAACGGGGCCCGGUGUCGUGGUGGUGUAGCUUCACAGAGGGGGUUGCCACAUCCUCGACUGAUAAUCAUCUGUAGGAAGCUUAUCUGUGCUGCCAAAGCAACUUUUAACUUACAGUUUAAAUCUGUUUUCUGGACUCUUGUGAUACACACCUGGCUGUGCUUUUGUGGUUGUUGGGGUCCAAUCGAUGUCUUGGGAUGCGACAAUGUCGAUUGCUUCGAGAUAUAUGUUUUCCUUGUGCUACUGUAACAUUAAAGACAAAAAUAAAAGCUGUUGUUCUCUG